AUGCCUUCCGAGCUUUGCCCCGUCUAUGCGCCCUUCUUCGGUGCCAUGGGCUGCACCGUCGCCAUCGUCUUCACCUGCCUGGGUGCCUCUUACGGUACCGCAAAGUCCGGUGUCGGUAUUUCGGCUAUGGGUGUCCUGCGCCCUGACCUGAUUGUCAAGAACAUUGUCCCCGUCAUUAUGGCUGGUAUCAUUGCCAUUUACGGUCUCGUCGUGUCCGUCCUUAUCUCCGAUGGUCUCCAGCAGGAGAUGUCUCUCUACACUGGUUUCAUCCAGUUCGGCGCUGGUCUCGCUGUCGGUCUGGCCGGUCUUGCUGCCGGUUUCGCCAUCGGUAUUGUUGGUGACGCUGGUGUCCGUGGAACUGCUCAACAGCCUCGUCUCUUCGUCGGCAUGAUUCUGAUUCUCAUUUUCGCCGAAGUCUUGGGUCUCUACGGCUUGAUUGUUGCCCUUCUCAUGAACUCCAAGGCCAGCCAGGACGUCACCUGCUAA